CUCCUCGACAUCAACGAACUCCCCAAACCAUGGCACAUCAACCCCUUCGUAGUCCGAGGCUAUACCUUCGCCACCACAAUCCCCAAAUGCAUCCAGAACACCCCCCGUCUCUCAAAUGAAGCUUUCAACAUCUGGUCCUACGUCCUCGGCGUUCUGUCCGUACUUUACCUGGCCUACUACCACUACCCUUCCACCACAGUCUACGCGCAAGCAAGCGCAACCGACAAUCUUAUUAUCGGAAUAUACCUCGCUGCGGCAACUCUUUGCCUGAAUUGUAGCAUCUUCUGGCAUAGCAUGAAAUGUCACUGCUAUCUGCACUUCAUGAUCAGCUGCGUGAGUGUUGAUCUGAUGUGUGCCACGGUUAUGAUCUCUGCUAUGAAUGUUGCCAAGCAAUACACAGCUUUCUACUGUGAACCUUCUCUACAGCGGCUAUAUCUAAGCAUCACUGCUAUCUGCGGUGUGACAAGCUUGGUGUUAGGAUGGUCGCCGAAAUUCAGACACCCUGAGUUGGCUUUUGUAAGGGUUAUCGUGUUUACCUUACUUGGCAUUGUGGGGUUGUUGCCGAUAGUACAUCUCGCGAUGACGAGGGGAAGUGAAUGGGCGUGGCUUUUUUAUAAGCUGGUUUGGCUGGAAGUUGUCGCGCCAAUCUUCUCGGUAGCUUGGACUUAUGCCGGGAAGAUACCCGAGAGGUGGUGGCCAGGGAUGUUUGACUUUUGUGGGCAUAGUCAUAAUGUCUGGCAUAUUGCUGUGCUCACGACAGUUCGGGUUGGGUAUAAGGUUGCACUAGGGCUGUUGAGGAUGGUGUCGGAGGGAGGUUGUGUGGUGUAG